GACGUCAGCGGCGUCCGUCUCCGCACAUGGAUGGAGGAGUGCAGCGACUCCCUCCACCCUCCGCCUCCUCGCCUCCAGCUAUUUGCCAGCCAGCCCCAACGACAGACAGCCAGCCGCUCGCCGUCCUGCUGCUACGCGGAGCCUCGUCUUGUCCCCUCCGAGCCCCCGGCGUCGUUGUGCCCACCUGUGCGGACAUCCACGGGCUGGAUAGCGAGUUCGGUCGCGACUUUUUCGUAAAUUGCGGGGGGGGAAUUUAGUCUUUGCGAGCUUUGUUCUCCAACUGCCCUUCAAGACAUAUGGAGAAAAUGGCCAGACCUCUUCCUAUAAACCCAACUUUUCUGCCGCCGACUCACGGCGUCCUCAAGUCCCUGCUGGAGAACCCGCUGAAGCUGCCUUUCCAUCAUGACGAAGGAUUUGGCAAAGACAAGGAAAAGGAGAAGAAGCUUGACGAUGAGAGCAGCGCAGCCAGCCACCCACAGUCGGCCUUCCUCGGGCCGACCCUGUGGGACAAAACCCUUCCCUAUGACGGGGACAACUUUCAGCUGGAGUACAUGGACCUGGAGGAGUUCCUGUCAGAAAACGGCAUCCCGGCCAACACGACCCAGAGUGACCAGGCGCCGCAGACGGCACAGCCUCCUCAGGCUGCCCCUCUGCAGCAGGCCCCGCCACCCGCCCCGCCCACCCCCUCCGUGGUGGACCUGAGCAGCCGAGCCACCACAUCAGUUCACACAGGCAUGGCGCCUCAGACCUGCCUCCACAGCCCCAGCACAGCAGCACUGCCCUCAUCCCGGGACACCCCCAGCCCCAUCGACCCAGAGUCCAUUCAGGUGCCCGUGACCUAUGACCCCGACCCUGCUGACCUGGCCCUGUCCAGCGUACCCGGUCAGGAGAUGUUCGACCCCAGGAAGCGCAAGUUCUCCGCCGAGGAGCUGAAGCCACAGCCUAUGAUCAAAAAAGCCCGCAAGGUCUUCAUUCCCGAGGACCUGAAGGACGAUAGGUACUGGGCCCGGCGCAGAAAGAACAACGUGGCGGCCAAGCGGUCACGAGACGCCAGGCGGCUGAAGGAGAACCAGAUCGCCAUCCGGGCCGGCUUCCUGGAGAAGGAGAACGCCGCUCUCCGCAUGGAGGUAGCGGACUUGAGGAAGGAGUUGGGCCGCUGCAAGAACGUUCUGGCUAAAUACGAGUCCCGACACGGGCCCCUGUGAGCCCCAAACCCUCGCCUCGCCCGCCCCCAUCCACCACCACCAAACCCCCCAAACACCCACUCUGCUCCCCAGACCCUCCUUCCCUCGAGUUUGAAGGACAAUGUGUCUCUUUUUUUGGCGGCACUGCCCCCCUCCCCUCCUCCUCCUCCACCAACUCCAGCCCCGCUCUCUUCUCCUCACCCCGCCUCCCCCUCCUCCUUCACCCCACCAACACACACACCUGUAUGAUUCUGGUAUUAUAACUGUCAUUUUUGACUUCUAUCAUAAGCUUCAAUUCGUCUGUUCCUCCUUUUACUUUACUGUACACAUUGUUUGACUAAAUAUAUAUACAUAUACAUAGAUAAAUAUAUAUAUAUUUACACACGCAUACUUCCCACUUUAAUGUACUGUGAGGAGUUAUGAGCCAACCCACCAGCUGAGUCUGAUCCCCCUCCCACUCUGUUACCUUCCACUUUUGAGAAACGAUGCCAUGCUGUUUGUUGUUCACUUUCAUACCGAUUUUAUACGUGAGAUCAGGACUAAAAACUGUUGUUUCCCCUUCUUUGUCUCUCUGUGACGUGUCCAGGAACCUGCUUCUAGCCCCUCUAAGGCUUGUGUUUUUAAGCCCCGUAACGGUUUUGUUUUUCUUCAUCUUUUUUUGACCCCUUUUCUUGAUGUUCAUGUUGUGUAUCGGUUUUCUAAACCUCCUCGCGCUCUAACACUACUCUCCUCUUAACAGCAUACGCGGUAUUUUAACGUUCAGAUAGCACUUCACGAGUUUUUCCCUGUGCAAUCCUGGCGCAGAUUUGCCGUUUCUGAAAACCAGUUGUUAUUUUUCUUCAUCACUCGGACACUGAGCAAUAAUUCCUACCCACAGCUAAACUGAGACAUGUUCCUCAGCCCUCCCCGCUCGCCCCACUGACAGAUCACAACCUACCAUCCUCCUUCUUUUCCCAUUUUGCAUCUUAGCUCACCUCCGUUAACUAAACUAACCUUAGUUAACCUCUGCACUAAUGCGUGUCUCACAAUCUGAUCCGGUGCAAUGUUUCCACUCGCUCAAAAUUUCCUCCGCCUCAUAUUUAUCUACCUUUUAUUUCUCAGAUGGAAGAUUGUUGUUUUUUUAUAUAUAUAUAUAUAUAUAUAUAUUCUGUUGAUAUAAUUGUUAGUAUUAAUACUACUCUUGACAUUGUUGUUGUUUAGCCUCCUCCUUGUUUUCAGAUUUAAGCAUGAUUUCUUUCACAAAACAAAAAGCUAUUCGCAGAUCUCUCUCUCUCUCUCUCUCUCUCUCUCUCCCUCUCCCUCUCUCUCUCUCUCUCUCUUUUUUUUUUUGCAAAGUUGUUGAUAAUUCUUUUUGCUUCUGUUAAACUUAGCAUGAUUAAUAUGAGUGUUUUUAUUUUAGAAAUCAAUACAGAUGUCUGUAGUCUCUCUUUGUAGCUCUAUGUUUGCCUUCUUUUUAAAGAUGGCUGUAUGAAUGUAAAAGAUGUUGACAAAAAAGUUGGAUGGUGUUGUCCAAUACUGUGGUUAACCCAAUCAAUUUGUUUACUGCAGACCAAACGCUUCACAACAGAGAUGAUAUAUUGGUUACAAGAGAUAUGUUUAUAUAAACUUAUUCUAUAAGUUGUUCUUUUUGUACAGUAUUUUUCCUAUACAUUACUGAACUAUGUAUUUUAAAGGCACAACAGAUCCAGAAAAUUAUUAAAGAAUACAAGUAUAUAACUCAAAGACAAAUGCAUAUAGUGGUAUUUUGAUAUUCUAUAUUAUGUAGGAUGUGGUAGUUUUACAGAGAUUUGUGGACAUUCAGCAGCACCCAAAACCGCCUGGGCAUUAUUGUACUCAUUAUUACCGCCAUUAUUCUUAGUAUGACAACACUCCUGCUUACGGCAGUGCCACCGCUGGGCUCCCAUGUCAUUUAAUUCAAAAGAAGCAGAUGCUGAAAUGCAGUUCAGAAGAAAGAAUGUACAGUUCGGUCUCUUUUCAAUGCCGUUAACUCGCAUUCGGAAAGAACAGACACUUUAACUAUGUUUGAACCUCCCAACAUUUAAUAAGUCGUCCAGUGAAAGGUUUUUCUUUUCUUUCUUGGUGAAUGUUUAAGGCUUUCUGUAAUCGCGCAGCUUGAUUUGAUGGGAUGAAGUUACUAUGAAGGAAGGGAGAUCUAUAGCUGGUUACCAUUGCUGCUCUGUGUGUGUGUGAUGGGUUCCUUCAGUCGAUGCAGUUGUAGUGUGUCCCUGAACCUGAGUGAUGGACACUGGGAAGCCUUUUUUUAAUUUCAUUUUUGUUUUUGUAGAGAUUUUUCAGUUAAGGCUUACAGUGGACUCCCCUAAAUGUUAGUUGUGUUGCUGAGCAGCGUGUUGCAAAGCUUUCCGCUAGUCAGUCUAGUGUGUGACUGAUUUGUGUUUUUCAUGACUGAUACAGACGUUUCGGAUCAAAAAUAUGGAAGUCCGAAGAUGCCAGUAUUAAAAUGGAAUCAUUUAUAGAAGUAGAUCACAAUUAUUUGCUUUUUCGUAUGUAUUAAAUAUGUUACAGUUAGCAGCAUCUAAGCCAGGAAACGGCCUGACUCUGCCCAAGGGUAAAGGAUUUAUAUGAUGAAAAAGUGCAGGGAAAAACAACCAUUUGAGCUGUUAUGUACUGGGCUUAUUCUAGUUGUUUUUGUACCAAUUAGACAAGAAAAGCGAGCGUUUUCCCCAGUCUCCUACUAAGCUAAACUAACCAGCUGAUGGUGGUGGCUUCAUAUUUAACGUGCUUAUAAGAAGCUUUUGUUUUUAUUUUUGAAAUUUGUGCAAGAUUUAUACAUUAGAUAAUUUCCCCACAUGUGAAACUUUUGAUUUAAUCCAAUUAUGGUUUCAUUAUGUGGUGAACAAGAAUGUAUUCCAUUUAAAAAGAGAAGUACAUUGCAAAUUUAAUUGCUGAUUUGAAGAAAAAUAUCAAAUUUGUUAAUUUUUUUGCGAAUAGAGUUUCAUUGGUUGUUUGUUUUAGCAGUAAUUGUGCAUUUUUAAAUAUUCGUAAGGGGAAUUAGAAUUCUGUUUUGUUAUUGAGAUCCCUGGACUUCCAUAUUUUAGUGGCAACAUCUUAAUAUUUUAGUCUUUAGUAUUUUGUUCUGUUCAAGACAUGCAAACCAGAUUUAAAGACAUAACAACCCUAAAGUCAGUCAGAAAAGUCAACAUCCGCCCAAUAAAACAAAGCUCAUACAUUCCAGUCUCAGUCCCAGAGUUGCUUGAACGUUCUAGAUCCAAUCCAAAGGUGUGUGCGAGAUUUAAAAAGAUUGUUUUCUAACCACAAACUAUCACGUCGAUACUUCAGCGCUUUAGAGGAGGGGUUUCCUUCUGCAUCUUACCUGCACAAAUACCAGGUACACUCAAGUGUAAACAGGGUUUGCAGUGAAGAGUGAAGACUGGAAUGAUGCCUCCCAAAUCUCUGGAGCAUCUUUUUAUGAAAUCAUAAAUGUAUAUCUAUCUAUCUCUAUAUAGAUAUAUAUGUAUAUACAUAUAUACAUAUAGGAAAAAGCCAAUAAUUAAUCCAUGUGUAUCCCAAAAUUACCUCACUGUAGAGUGAAAUCACUACCUCACCCGGAAAUGUUAACCAUAAUUCUAAGUCUAUUCCAGUGCCUUGAAUACACUGACUGUUCACCAGUCUCUCAGCAAUGUAAAGUCUUCAUCACAGCACCGCUCGGAUAGGUUCAGAUCUGCACUGAAGGGCUUCUUAGUGCAUCAAAAUCUAUAUAUUAUAUACACUGACGACUCUUUCAUUUCUUAUUUUGGACAUUGCAACAGACUUGUAACCAUUGUAUUCAUGGCAACACCAACAGACUGUUUCAGAGUGUAUAAAAGUACAAUAUAAGGAGUAUUCGCUCUUGUUUGUCAUGGAAUGGAUGCAUAACAUUUAUUCGUGCUGUUCAGCCCUCAGCCUCUCUGUCUCUGUAAUUUGUAGUGUCUAAUAAAAUCCCAAUUCUUA